AUGGUAGGAUUUAGAAUCGGCGGCAUCUUCGAAACUGUCGUGGCUGGCUUCCUCCCGUCAUGGAUCCGAGAACCCCGCAGCUUUUAUAAAUCUGAUCGAUCCUCGUUUUACUCUCGUCAAAAUCUCGCUUUUUAUCAUCUGCGCGCGGGACCAGAAGAGAAUCAUCGUCUUCAUCAUCGCGCCAUCAUCUCCACCUUCUUCUCUGCAAAUCUGACCCCAUCACCACUUACCGUCCUCCGCCACGCCGCGAACAGGGUCCCCGCCGCGCUGCGACCUAAACCUGAUUUUCUCUCCGCGCCGCGAAGCCCUGCUCCGCCGCGGCGUGAACAGCAGCGCCGCGAUCCCUCUUCCGUCAGCGUUCAGAUCUCCCCGAUGAGACCCCAGCAACCGAGCCCUCUCAUUCUCUCUCGGCCGCCGAGCUCUUCGCCGAUGUUCUCCAGCCAUCAACGACAGUCACCGGCGAUUCAUCUCAGCCGUGAGUUUCCAUCGUCAAACAGCCCCCGGUGCGAACAAGUUCAGCGGCACACCGCCGGCCUUCGUUCAGGCCCGAACAGUAGCAGCACAGCCCGUCGGCUUCUGUCCGAUCAUCGCAGCAACCCAUUACAUCGUUGUCCGUUCAACCGAGCCGUCUCCAUGAACGGCUGCAAGUUGCCGGUACCGAGAAUUCGUUCGUCGAGCAGCAACUCGUUCGUCGUCGGAAGCCCCGCUCAGCCCGUUCGACGAAGCCUUAUUGCCGUCCACCACCAGCCUCUGUUCACGUGA